CCAGCUCUGCGAUUUAGGUAGGGGUUUAGGGAUUUCGCGCUCGGCGCGAUGGAGGUAAGCGAAUCCUGCGAGCUACGUCUACUCCGCUGCGCGCUGCGAAUCAAUGCGGCUCCGAUCGAUCCGGUACGCGCCAGCACAGACGUCGAAUCAUCGCUACUGCAAGCGGUGGAUUUCAUAGAGCAGGGCUUGUAUUCUCGAGUGGCAGCAAUGGAGGUUAUGCGUGAGAUCUUCGGCGAUGUCAGCUAUGAUCCUAGUGUUUCUGGGAGGAUCUUCUACGACAAGAUUUCUAGAAAUGUGCGGAGUUUCGUGGAGAAAGAAGCAAAUGAAGCUGCGUCAAUGCUGGUAAUGGCUGCAGGGGUUUCGUUCUUCUGCGUUUUCUUACAGUCCAACUUCACAGGGCCGGAGCUUGACGUUCCAGCUUUCCCUCUCGAUGCUAUCUCCAAGAUGGAGCCUUGGAUUGCAGCCUCAGAGCAAAGCUGGGAUACUUGGGCUCGUAGCGAACUUAUGGUGGACGGGUGCGAUCUCCAGGGAAAGUGCAAUUGUCCUCAGUACCUUGUUGUUGCAAAGGUUAUGUUUGAAGCUAUAAAAAAUAUCAAGGAGCCAGCGACACGGGUGUGGUGGAUCGCGCGGGCUUUAUUUUGCCAGCAGAAGUCACUGGAGGAAAGGUCUCCUACUCUUUUGAAAGAUGUUGCUAGUGGCUAUGCGGCAGUUGUCAAGUGUUUUGGCACUAAGUUUCUGAAAGAUUGCUGCGGGUGGUACAGCCUUGUCUCUCUGGAAGAAGAAAACGCAAUUGCUACAAUGGCUUUCACAGAAGCUGCUUUGGUGGAGUAUUAUUAUGGUCAUGCGGACGAAGGACGACUUUUCGUUACUCAAGCAGAAAAAACUGCUGGAUUGGUGUACUCCGUCGAAGGUGCAAUGGGAUUUCGUAGGCAAUACCAAAGUGAUCCGACUGCGCAGAUGGUUCUGAAAGAUGAAUCGAACCUUCACGUCCUUGAGAGGGUUGAUAAACCUGCUGAACAAGGUGACGUACUGUUAUAUCCAAGGCUGGAAAGCUCAAACAUUGAGUUCCUGCACCAGAAGGCUCUUAGUCCGAUACAACAGGUUCUAAUUCUUGCUCGUUGCUUGGAUGUGAAGAAGAAAAAUGCUGAAAAUGAAUUAAGAGACUGGGAAAUGGCGCCGUUUAUAGAAGCUGUCGACGCUCAGCAAGCCUCGCCUUUUAUGGUCAAGACCUGCUGUAAACUCCUCCGUGUAGAGUGGGAAAAAUCACGCGGUCCUACAUGCGAGAGAGCAUUUCAGACUAUGGACGACAUUGUGUCAAGCAUCCGGGAUGGCCCAUGUAAUCCAUCUGAAAGAAUGGAACUUUUGUUCUGCGUCUCAUCUCCUUGUCUUCAAGCUCUUCUCAGGCAGUAUGCUAACACGUUGGUUAGCAUUGGUAAUAUCGGAGAGGCUCUCAACCUUUUUGAGAAACUCGAGUUAUGGCAGAGCGUUAUUGACUGCUACCGUUUGCUCGGAGACAAAGCAAGAGGAGUAAAUCUUAUCAAGGAGCGUCUUGAGAUAUCACCGAAUGACCCAAGGCUGUGGUGUUCUCUAGGAGACGCCACUAAUGACGACGCAUGCUUUUUGAAGUCUUGGGAAGUUUCUGGGCAGAGAUAUGCAGUUGCACAGCGUUUUCUCGCUCGUUCUGCGAUGAAUAGGAAAGAGUAUGAGGAGGCGGUAAAACACUGGGGUCUGGCACUUUCACUGAACCCGUUGUACUCCGACGGCUGGUUCUCUGCGGGGUUUUGUGCAUUAAAGUGUAAAAAAUAUGACCAGGCUUUACAUGCAUUUGUGCGGACAAUACAGCUUGAUCCGGAACAUGGAGAAGCUUUCAAUAACAUUGCCGCAUUAAACAUGCGCAAGGAAAAUCUGAAAGAAGCAAGCACCGCAUUCCAACAAGCAGUGCAGUUCAAGCGGAACUCCUGGGAGCUGUGGGAUAACUACGCACACGUCCUUGUUAGUCUCGGCAAUUUUGCGCAGGCAAUACCCGCAGUAGGACAGGUUUUCGAGCUGUCACCCAGAAAUGUUGACACAGGCUUGCUAGCAAGAAUCAUUGACGUGUUCGAAGAAAAACAACUCUUUACAAGUGAAACUCCUGCCGAAGGCAUGACUGAUCACGAGAGAAAACGGCUAAUAGAGAUGCUUGGAGAGCUGAUAUCAAAGAUGGCCUCGAGUGGCAAUUACGGUGGAGAUGUCUGGGGCGUAAAGGCACGAUGGCACAAAGCUCUCGGCGACCGACAGGCAUCAACCAACGCCUUCUUGAGACAAGUCCGAGCAUACCAGGGAUCAAACUGGCAACACGAUGAAGCCCGCUUCCGAGCUUUCGCCGCCGCCUCACUCGGACUGUGCCAGGAGUACAUAGCGAUCUGUGGUAAAAAGGAGCUAGCAGCCGCGCAAAGGCAUCUCACAAACACGCUCAAACAGGCCGACGAUUUCAAAGACUCGGAAGACUACAAGGCCCUGGAAAGCAUGCUGGGCUCACUCGCCAACUCGCUCAAGAUCCCGGAAUGACGAUGGAAUCUUUUGAAAAUUCACGUGAAUAUUCACAAGAUUCUUCCCAGAA